UUGACACAUGUGUUUCCCAUUGAUAGCUGGAGACAACCCAGUAGCUCCGAGUUGGCCUGACAAAGCCUUAUUGAAGUACAGACAGAGUACGGUUUCAAAGCAGUCAGAAAAAGAACGGGAAUGCUGUUCAGGAAAUUCUUCAGGCAUGGGCAGGGACUUGGCUGCAAUUCUGCAGCUGGAAAAUCUGACUGGGGCAGCUUCUGAGCACAGGCUGGGCCUGCUCACACUCGGCAGGCUGAGCGGCCGCCUCCUUCAGAGCCUCUCGGCACGCUCUGGGAUCCUGGGCGAUUUUCAUCAGCCGCUUUGUGGAGCAGACACGCGAGAUGCCUCAGGAACAGUACACACACCACCGGAGCACCAUGCCCAGCUCCGAGGGGCCGCAGGUAUACAAGGUGGGCAUUUAUGGCUGGCGGAAAAGAUGCCUGUAUUUCUUUGUCCUACUCCUGAUGAUUUUAAUACUGGUGAACUUGGCCAUGACCAUCUGGAUUCUCAAAGUCAUGAACUUCACAAUUGAUGGAAUGGGGAACUUGAGAAUCACAGACAAAGGUCUAAAACUAGAAGGAGACUCUGAAUUCUUGCAACCUCUCUACGCCAAAGAAAUCCAGUCCCGACCAGGUAAUGCCCUGUACUUCAAAUCAGCCAGAAAUGUUACAGUGAACAUUCUCAAUGACCAGACUAAAGUGCUAACUCAGCUGAUAACAGGUCCAAAAGCCGUAGAAGCUUAUGGCAAAAAGUUUGAAGUAAAGACUGUUUCUGGAAAAUUGCUCUUUUCUGCAGAUAACAAUGAAGUGGUGGUAGGAGCUGAGAGAUUAAGAGUUUUAGGAGCGGAGGGCACAGUGUUCCCUAAAUCUAUAGAGACACCUAAUGUCAGGGCAGACCCCUUCAAGGAACUAAGGCUGGAGUCCCCGACCCGAUCUCUGGUAAUGGAGGCCCCAAAAGGAGUUGAAAUAAAUGCAGAAGCCGGCAACAUGGAAGCCACCUGCAGAACAGAGCUGAGGCUGGAGUCCAAAGAUGGAGAGAUUAAGUUAGAUGCUGCGAAAAUCAAACUACCUAGACUGCCUCACGGAUCCUACACGCCUACAGGAACGAGGCAGAAGGUCUUCGAGAUCUGCGUCUGCGCCAAUGGGAGAUUAUUCCUGUCCCAGGCAGGAACUGGUUCCACUUGUCAGAUAAACACAAGUGUCUGCCUUUGAGAGACCGACCAUAGUGGACCCUGUCAGCAGCAUAAAGGCCAUUUUUGGCUUCAGA